AUUACAUCAAUGUAUCAGUGUCGGCUAAUUGCCUUUACUUUUUUAAACAAUAUGUCUGUGUUUUUUAGUUGACCCUUAUUUUUCUUUAACCCAGGUGAAGGCCAUUGCUCAGCUGCUAGUACACUUCAACUGGACUUGGGUGGGACUGUUGCGAGGGGACCGUGAUUAUGGCCGCUUCGCUGUUGAAGGUUUAAUCAAAGAAUUACAGGAUACCAAAGUGUGUGUAGCAUAUCACGAAAUUAUCCCUCUGCUCUACAAUCGCCAGAGGGCACUGGAAAUCAUAGAGGUAGAUAAAAAGUCACACUGAAUUUAGUCAGUUAGUCAGUUUUUAUUUCACCUUUUUUAUAGUUUGUAUUGUUUCCCCAUAUGCCAGUUUAGUUUGGCAUAAAAAUUAGACAACCCUGGUGAAAAUUGGUGCCAUCUUUGGCUUACUGUCAGCCCUUAUAUUUUAUUAUCUGCACCUGGCUUAAGCGGCUGUCUGCAACAAUGUCUUAAUUGACGUUAUCACUAGGUAUCAUCAAAUUUGUAAAUUUCACAUUCUACAUAUAAUGUGUGGUAUAAAAAAUACACAUAACUUUACAUUAUACACCUUUCUUACGCAGUGUCACUUAUUUUUAACCUGCUUUCUCUUUUGCCUUCUAUUUUGGGAAACUCUCCUCUUCUCAACUCCAUCAUCUGCCUCUCUGUAAAGGUGAUGCACACCUCUUUGGCUAAAGUGGUGGUGGUAUUUUUAGCUGAGGGGGAGAUGACACCUUUCUUGAGGGAUUACAAGAUGCAGAACAUCACUGGAAUCCAAUGGGUGGCUAGUGAAGCCUGGGUCACAGCAUCUGUCUUUACAGGGAAAGAGUAUUACCCUUACCUUGGGGGCACCAUUGGGUUUGGCAUCAGGAGAGGUCACAUCUCCAGGCUCAGUGACUACCUACAAACAAUAAACCCUCACAUGUAUCCCAAUAAUCUUCUAGUGAAGGAGCUGUGGGAGGCUCUGUAUGGUUGCAGUCCUUCUCUCUCCUCUGCCUCCCACUUUCCUCCCUGUACAGGACAGGAGUUCUUGUUGGAACAACAUUCAGCCUACAUGAAUACAUCCAGCCCCAGAGUGGCCUAUAAUGUUUACAAGGCUGUAUAUGCCAUUGCUUAUUCCCUCCACAACCUACUUCUCUGUCAACCAGGCAGUGGGCCUUUCCAGAACAACUCAUGUGCUGAGCGCAACAAUAUACAACCCUGGCAGCUCCAAUAUUACCUCCAGGAAGUGACAUUUAACAUUGCUGGGGAGAAAGUGAACUUUGACCUGAAGGGUGACUCCAUACCCUAUUAUGAUAUCAUCAACUGGCAGAGAGGCACAGGCGGAAAAACUGAGUUUGUCAAUGUGGGGUUGUUUGAUGGAACCAAGCCUGCUGGAGAGGAGCUGGUGAUCCAGGAGGGCAGGAUAAUAUGGGCAGGACAUCUCAGUGAGGUACCAGUGUCUGUGUGCAGUUCCAGCUGUCUUCCAGGGUACCGGAAGGCUGUCCGUCGUGGGGAGCCUGUUUGCUGCUUUGACUGUGUUCCAUGUGACAGUGGCAAAAUUAGCAAUCAGACAAAUUCUGUAGAGUGCACAUUUUGUCCUGAGGACUUCUGGUCAAACGAAAAUAGAACAGCCUGCAUCCCCAAGAAGGUGGAGUUCUUGGCCUAUGAUUCCUUGGGUAUAGCCCUGACAGUGACCUCUGCGGUGGGCGCCUGCUUCACUAUAAGUGUCUUUGGAGUCUUUUUCUAUCAUAGAAACACAGCUAUCGUUCGAGUGAACAACUCUGAACUCAGCUUCUUCACCCUGUUCUCACUGACGUUGUGUUUUCUGUGUUCCCUGGUGUUCAUUGGAGAGCCAACAUCUUGGUCCUGCAUGCUACGCCACACUGCCUUUAGCAUCACAUUUUCACUUUGCUUCUCCUGUAUCCUGGGGAAGACUCUGGUGGUGUUGGCUGCUUUCACUGCCACCAGGCCAGGGAACAACGUCAUGAAGUGGUUGGGGCCCAAGCAGCAGAGGGUCAUCAUACUUGGUUGUACUCUGGUUCAGGUGGUUAUCUGCGCCGCCUGGCUCAUUGAUGCCCCCCCUAGUCCAUCACGAAAUACGCAAUAUGAACGCUCCAAGAUCAUACUGGAGUGUAACGUGGGCUCCAGCCUCGCAUUCUGGUGCGUUCUGGGUUAUAUUGGCCUACAGGCUUGUCUGUCCUUUGUCCUGGCUUUUCUGGCUCGUAAGUUGCCAAGUAACUUCAACGAGGCCAAGUUCAUCACUUUCAGUAUGCUGAUCUUCUGUGCUGUGUGGCUGGCAUUCAUCCCUGCUUAUAUUAGUUCUCCUGGCAAUUAUGCAGAUGCAGUGGAGUCAUUUGCCAUUCUGGCUUCCAGCUUUGGAUUGUUGUUCUGCCUGUUUGCUCCUAAGUGUUUUAUAAUUUUGCUGAAACCAGAAAAAAAUACGAAACAACACCUCAUGGGAAAAGAAAAUAAGUAA